UUUUGUUCAAUUAUUAUGUGGCGUAUUAAGUGAGCUGCACUCAAAAAAUAUAAAUCUUCUUUUAUACUUUACUGAUAGUAUUCCGGUACGGCAAUAUUGUGCAAAAGCAGCAGCAGCGAAGAUGCGUGGAAGCCGAGGAGAACAGUGAUUGUGAUUUUUCUUUCAUUAUUACAUUGUUACUUUAUUAUUUUUGUAACACUUUAUUUUCGCAUAGUGUAGUGAUGUUUUUGGUGAUCUGACGAACAAUUUGUUCAUGCGAUUGAUGCAGAAGGAUUAAAUUUAAAUAUAUAAUAAUAAUAAGAGAAACUGGACGAAUUUGAAGUUCGUAAAUGAGAUAAUGGCAAGAGAAGACGUAUCUGUGACUAAAAAGCAGAAUUCUAAUGUGGAUAGCAAUAAAUUGAAAGUUAACGGAGCUACCGAAUCAUGUGAUAAAGCAGUUAGUUUAUUGGAUUCCAAACCAAAUGUAGACAGUAGUGAAUAUGACUUGGUACCGCCCGAUGGUGGUUGGGGUUGGCUGGUAUUACUUGGCUCGAUGAUGGUCAAUAUCCUUAUACCGGGCACCAUAAAAAGUUUUGGUGUAUUAUUUGUUGAGUUUUUGGAAGCGUUCGAUGCAUCACCCGCAACAGGAGCAUGGAUACCGGCUCUAUGUUAUUUCCUAUAUAGUUCGUUAGGUCCAGUAUCCAGUAUAUUAUCUGUUAAGUAUUCCUAUCGAACUGUUACGAUAAUGGGUGGCGCUUCAGCUGCAUUUGGCAUGAUUGCUUCAUUUUGGGCCUCAUCUGUAGCAUAUUUGUACUUAAGUUAUGGAGUUCUAGUGGGGAUUGGUGCCGGUCUUUCGUUUCCUCCAACCGUGUAUAUAGUGACAUCAUAUUUCGUUAGAUUACGUGGAUUAGCCAAUGGACUGUGCAUAUCGGGUAGUGCACUUGGAUCAAUUAUAUUGCCGCCAGUAUUGCGUUGGCUGCUCGAGACAUAUGGUUACAGGGGUGCAGUUUUAAUAAUGGGCGGUAUCACAUUAAAUGUCUUUGUGGCUGCAAUAUUCUACGAGCCCGUGGAACAGCACAUGAUACGUGUGCCUAAAAAUAAGAAUGCUCUUGAAGAUAUCGAAGAGGAGGAUAUAGGGAUUGUUAUGAAAUUCGAAACCGUCGACGAAGCUGGUUCAAUUAAUAAUGAUGUGCAAUCUCAUGAUGGCAGUGAAAUCGGCACAAAACAAUUCCCCUCAUAUAGUCCACCAGCACUGCUACCGGAUAAUCAGUUUGUACGCAGCGCAUCGGCGGCGGUAGUACAGAACUGUGGCAAACAUCUGGAUGAAUAUACACCAACAUCGCGUACACGUAAAAUCAGCACACCCGUACGUUUGCCACAACGCAACCAAACAUUUACACCCGGCCAAUUGAAUUCGCAAUCAUCGUUAUAUGCCGUACCCGAAGGCGGUCGUUCGAGUCAUAAGCUUGAUCGCCUCAGCGCGUUACGUAACAAUUCGAAAAAUCGUCUUUCACGUCGUUCACCUUCGACGAGUAGUUUUCAAUAUAUAAGCACACCAUACCACGGCAGCACUUUAUCCUUUCAACCAAAAGAAUUCUCCUCACAUCUGUCAUUGCGUUCGAUGACAAGUAAUACAGGCCCAGCAGCAAACGAAAGUUUAAUGGGUGAAGCGUCAGUUGAGGAUGGUGCAGAGAAAACGUCUACACGCUCAAAAUUUUUCGAUCUUGGCCUUUUAAAGGAUCCCACAUAUUUGGUCAUACUAAUUUCGAACUCAACAAAUGCCAUUGGGUACACCAACUUUAUUAUAUUGCUGCCCGCUUACGGCGUAGCGUUGGGCUUUAAUAAAUCCCUAGCUGCUUACCUGAUUUCAAUUGUGUCGGCAACUGAUCUUAUUGGUCGCAUUGGUGGCUCAGCACUCUCGGAUCUCGGUCUUAUACCAAAGACUUGGUACUUUAUUGGCGGUCUCGCAGUUUCCGGUAUAUCACUUGCAGUGCUACCAUUCGCUACCAGUUAUGGCAUGUUGAGCUUUUGGUGUGCCGUUUUCGGCCUUGCAUCCGGUAUCUACGUGGGUAUUACGGCCGUUAUUAUGGCUGAUAUGUUGGGCGAGGAGCGUUUGACAUCAUCGUACGGUAUCAGCUUGUUUGUGAAUGGAAUAUUGCAAUUAAUAGGUCCACCAAUAUGCGGCGCUUGGUAUGAGGCAGUGCGCGAUUACAGUCCACUGUUUCACACAUUAGGACUUACGCUGUUGGGUGGCGCCAGCCUUUGGAGUUUCAUGCCAUUUAUUAAUAGACAAAAAGCCAAAGAAGAAAAAUUAAAGCAAGCACAAUGCGACAACGAGGCGCAUUAAAAGUAUUUUUCUUAUACUGAACUGCGUGUUUUUCUACUAAAUGCAUUCUUAUUUACUUAAAUUUAAAAGUAAUAUUCGCGAAUAGUUAAUAAAGUCAAUAUUUUGUAUACAAAAAAAAAA